AUGACGAACCUCAACCACGAUCUACAGCAGCAUCAGCAGCAACAGCAGCCAACGCAGUUGCAACCUGUAGCAACGGCAGAAACGAGGCAAGGACAGCAGCAUCGUUAUCAUCUGCAUCAUGACCCGGCGUACAACAUCACCACUGCCGAGGCAGACCUCGACUACAAUAGUGACAACAGUAUAGCGGUCCUUCAUCAACAUCAUAAUCACCUACACCCGCAACAUCACCAGCAUCAUCAGCAGCAGCAACAACACCAUCACCAUCGCUAUAUGCCAUCGAGCUCUAGUUCCUGUGAUAACACCAAACAGCCGACUCGGCUGGGCGGUGGCAGUUCCAGUGCCGGCGGGUCCUGCGAUGAGAACACGCCCAGCGUUUUGGACAUCAACCUAGACACCAAGAAGAUUUCACUUGCUCACCAAAACGGCAGCUCGAGGCACAACUCACCGGCACGUUUCGGCGAGGAGCGGAAGUAUGGGAACAACCACCACCACAACCAUCACCACCAUCAUCACAUCGAGGUGUACAGCGACGGGGCGAACGGGUUGGACAUCAGCAAGCUGGAGGAGGAGAUCUCCGAAGACGACCGGGGACCACCGUUACCACCCCGACCGGCCCCGAGGUCCCGCACGCUGCAGCGCAUGGAAACGGCUCCCACAUCGUCCGGGGUGAGGAAGUACGUCAUCUGGUGUCUCAUAUGCGGCGGUAUCUCCAGCCUUUUGGGUGUCCUGUUUCUGGGCAUCUACUUCCUGCUUCGAUCGUACACGAGCACGGUGGGCUACUUUGAAACCGUACCAACGUUCGUACCGGCAACAUUGCUCAUGUUGACUGGUAUCUGUAUAAUGAGCCUAGCGAGGCGAAGAAAUCGUUACAGCUAUCUGAUUAAACUUUCCGGAGCGUGUGGCUUGGCGUCGGCACUGACCUGUGCCCUGGUGACCGUUACCACAACCGUCCUCCACAUGAGUCGCCUGCAAGUCCUGCGGGAGUGUGAGUACACGCAGAAAACGCGCACCUGUACCUGCUACUCCGUGACGGCCGACAAGCAAACGGAAGGCGUUGACGAUAGCGUCCGGUUCGUGUUUGACUCGACGUCGGACUGUGGCGUCGUACACGGUGCACUCUACUCCUGCCUUCGAGCCGUCUUUGGGCUGUCGGUAGCGGGCGUUUUGGUGGCCGUGUUUAGCUGUAUGCUCGUGUACCAGCUGCUGAGUCACGAGCGAAAGAAGAUGUACUGGGAGCAGCUGGAACUGCGAUGUCGCUCGCUGUACGCCGGCCAACAGGGCCCAGCUUCGGUGCUACCGUCUGGGCCGGGAAUGCUCGGGAGUGCCGGAGUGGGUGGUCCUGGGACGGUCGUAAGCGGGCGGACGGGAAACUGUCGGUGCUGCGAGCAGUGCCACGCGCACCGUAAUGUUCUCCCGACGGCGUACCCUUGGGAAGGCGACGGUCGCUUCUGGACGCCGGGGCAGGCAGGAAAUUUCUACUCGCCGAACCCGGGCGGUGAUGAGCCGGGUACGGUCAGUGGUGGCCGGCUGAACACAAGCGGACGACGCAUGCCGGGUUGGAGCUGGCCGAGAAUGCCCUGGCAGCGGAACGAUGCCACACAACGUCUGUCGCCGCACAGUCCGGACUCGCAGUAUGGAUUUUCGAACGGGCGUUCAGGAAUGCCUAUGCCGAUGGGUGGUGGUGGGGGAGGAGUGGUUGGGGCUUUACUGGGUGAUGCCGGCAUACAGCCUCGUUACAACGUGAUCGAUCAGCAGUACGGUAUCUGGGGCCCUCCGCCACCGUACUCGGACCCGAACAGUCCGGCACGCCGUGGACGAUAUCAGUAUAUCCAUCCAUCGCAGUGUGGACCGCCAUUGAUCGAUGCGAAUGGACCGAGCGGACUACCGCCGAACGGAGGGCCUGGCAUUGCCAUUCUCGAGUGUCACCAGCAUGCCGUCAUGGGGGUGGACGUACACGGGAUACCCCAGCAAUAUAUGAGCGGACCGACGGGUCCUCCGUCAAACAUGGGCAGCUCCGGAGGACAUCCACAAGCAUCCAACUAUUCACGAGGGGGUAGUGGUGCUGGUGGUGGUGGUGGAAGUGGUACCGGUGGCGGUGGUAUUUCAAGUGGCCCUCCUGGAAGUUCAUCUGGUUGCACAAACGGCGGUGGUACUGGCUGUGGCAAUCCCGGAGGCAAGCGCCAGCAAACUGGUGGCUACACCAAAAUGCAGACCCAAACAAAAGAUAACUACGAAAAUACACCCUCCGACAGUGACGGCCCGGGACGUGACCGGUUUUCCAAUACGCUUCCCCUGCGGAAAGCGAAGAAACGCGUUGAGACCGCGGGCGCCAAAAGCAUCGGACCGAACAACGGCGGGCAGCAUCAGCCGGCUAGUCGCGUGAAUGUGCAGAAUGUAUUCGGUACCAGUCAGGUGGUGAUGCACUCACAGCACCACGCACCUCCCGGCUCGCUGGAAACGUCUGAAAACGAGUACAACGAGCCAAACUUGCCCUCGAACGGUAAUGGUAAUGGCGCAGGAAAUGUGUUGGGUGAUAGUUGCGACCAAUCGGCGGAAAAUCAGGGCCCAAUGGUGGUGCAUCCACCGAAAACGCGACGGCUAAAGUCGACACCCGGAGGAAUCGAGAACAGUGGUUUCCAAACGGUGGAGUCACUCGAGGCGGAGGCGGCCCUCAGCGGGAAGUUACUGGAACCGACCGAAUCGGAGGUCUACUUUGCCGACGUGAGUAGCUGCUGCAAUAUGUCGGUGAAAAACGACAACUACUACGAAGACGCAGGCCAAAGAAGGAAGAAGGACAAACAGCAACAAUUGCACCAGGACCAGGCGGACGACUACAUCGCACAGCGCUUUGGUAAACGGGAACCAUCGGUUAGGAGUCGUCUUCCAUUUCCCCAGGCGUCGCUUCCUCUCGGGCACGACACAUCUUCAGGAUCGGGAUUCGGCGGUACUGGAGGCGAUAAGCCACCGGUGAUGCCUCGAUCGUCCCUGCUGCCCAAGGAUAUCUCCCGCCAGAGCAUGUGUUCAGUGGAUUCGGGCGAAAAGACGGACUACACGGACCUCUCGCCGGCCACCCCUAGUACAAACAACAAUAACUUCCCGUCGAUAGCAGCGGCCAACGGGGCAACGGGUGCUGCCAGCGGGAACAAACCAAUGGCUAGCCUUGAACCGACGACUGUGCGGGCAGCAGAUCACGAUGGCGGUCCGGGGGGCUGCAAUUUCAUCGCCUCCUACCCGUACUCCUCCAACGAGCAGAGCCAGGAGGCGCACCGACGAUCGACCAAAAACCUUCACGACAUCUUCCUGGCGCCCGACUCGCAGUACGAGGUAAUGAAAGAAUUGCAUAGAUUUAAGACGACACCACUAACGCUAACACCCUUCGAACUGCCUUCGUCAACUCCUUCAUCACCAUCAUCACCGUCCUCCUCCCACCAGGAUAUGCCGGUACCAUUCCCUCCUGCCUCGUUCGGUUCCGCCCCACCGACCACAUCGGCCACGAUGUCAACGUCGGCGCUAGCUCCUCCUCCUCCGACGACGACGACGACGUCGAUGAAGCCAAAGUCACCGAAGAACCUCAACAUUACGCCGAUCAAACGCCAGAGUCUCGGCACCAACAUCAGCUCGAUCAUACAGAACCUCAGCGGCAACGAUGUUGGGCUGCUGUACCCAGAGGGCCUUCGCCACUCGGCCACUGGACAGAGCAGCGGGGCACCGUCGUCCGGUGGGAUACGAUCGGACAUCAACGACAGUGUGAGCAGCAACGAGGACAACGAGGAACUAACCGACGGCAUCGAGCGAUUAGGCGUCGACCGGCGCUUGUGAGACGAAGUGUACGUGUGAGCGAGCUCGGACUGAAUGCUGCCAGGUGACGACUCGCACACCAGAAACAAUCAAUAGAGCCAUUUCCCCCGUGUCCCGUAACCAGAGGUUCCAAAGUUUGGUGUACCAUCGGGGUUUCGGCCGGUGCGCUGUACAAAGGAAUAGCAGAAAAUUCUCAACUCUCGUGUGUAAGUACGUUCCAUCCAAAUCAAAUCAAGAAACGAGAACGGUGAAGCCGUAGCUAUUCACCUACUAUUAAAUACCGCAUCCAUCCGUAAAAUGCCGCUCAAAAAUAGCGUCCAAUUUGCCGUCGUGUAGCCUGAACACCGUGUGUCAGAAACAAUAGGAAU